UACUAUAGAGAGUGUGUACCAAAACUUUCUAAAAUAAUAUACGAAGUCUAAUAACAUAGCUCGCCAUCGUGCAGGGAAAUUUGGUAAAUUGGCAUGGUCUUUUAGACUCGGAGACCGUCUGCGAACUUUUAACAAACAGCUUGGGGGCCGAUAAAUAAACCCCAAAAGAAGCAAUGGAAGGUGACAAACCGACAACACUAAUGUGCACACUGCUAGCCAUUGACCACACCAGCUUCUGCUACAAUGUCUGCUCUGUCUGUGAGAGGACUCUCCCUGACAUCCAAUCUCUCUGCAAAUUCUGCAACUUCAACAACUCCAACCCCUGCUCCUCUAGUUCCAAACGUCUCUUCCGCGUCCUUAUAUCAAUUGCAUCAGAUACAAAUGUGUUCACAGUGAUUUGCUUUGAUCGGGCCGCUAAAGUUCUGUUUGGGUGCUCAGCUAAUGAGUUCUUUGACUUCACCGAGCUCCAUCCUUUUGCCGCUGUGUCUGCUAAUAGAAUUCUGGAGGGAGAGAUGUUUAGAGCGACACUGUCCAAACCAAAGAAUGGUAAUGCACAACAUGUACGGGUUGUGUCACUUGUUCCGUUGAGAUCUGGAUUUCAGCCAGCAAUUGAGUCAUUAAAGAAAUUGUAUGGACAGCGAGGAGAUUGUUAAGUGUUUCUCUUCAUUUAUUGUAUCUAGCAUUUUAUCUUUUGGACUACCUUUUACUCUUCUCACUAUAAGGCUUUCGUUGAAGAUCUUCCAAAUUCAGUUUCUAUCCUUUCUUCUCAGUUUUGAGGAGGUCUGGUUUGGUUUUGAUUGUUUUUUGUCGUAGGGGAACUGAAGAGAAGUAAGCUUUUCUCUUUAUUGUAUAUUGUUGCCAAGUAACUAAUCUAGGAAUGCCAGAUGAUUUCUGUGGUUACAAA